ACGCUACCCCUGUAUUUCCUUCUUUUACAGACCUCCCUCCACCCCAGAACUCUCUCUCUCUCUCUCACACACACACACAGAGUUCACCUAUCUGUGCUCAAUUCCAACUCAUCCUGGUUUUAACCCAGGUGUUGAAACUCCAAUCGCAUUAAAAAAAUUCCCAAAUGCAUCCCACCACGACCUUACUACCACUGCCGGCGGAGGCUCCACCAUCCCUAACCCAAAUCCUGGACGAAGUCACCACCGUCCUCUGCCACAUCCUCCCUUCUUCUCUCUCCGUCAAAUCCUUCUCCACCCGCUGGCAAGUCCUCCGGUCAAAGCUCGCCACUCUUAAAUCCUCCAUCUCCGAAGUCUCCGACUCUCUACACUGGUCCGAAAGCCCUCUCCUCGAAACCCUCCUUCCCAACAUUCUCUCGACUCUCCACCGCGUCCAGACCCUCUGUGACCAAUGCUCCGACCCAACAUUCAACCCCGGCAAGCUCCUCAUGCAGUCCGAUCUCGACAUGGCCACCGGCUGGCUCUCCAAUCAAAUUCAUGACCUCGAUUUGCUCCUCCGGUCCGGCGUUCUCCGUCAAACCAACGCCAUCGUGCUCUCUCAACCCGUUCCAGGCUCUGGUAAAGAAGAUUUGGGGUUCUUCAUCAAAGACCUCUUCACAAGAUUACAAAUCGGAGGUAUCGAGUUCAAGAAAAAGGCAAUGGAGUCUUUGCUUCAACUUCUAUCCGAUGAUGAAAAAUCGGCCAAUUUAGUAGCUAAAGAAGGCAAUGUUGGUUAUUUAGUGCAACUUCUUGAUCUAAAUUCUCAUCCUUCGCUACGAGAACAGGCCGUUUCAGCUGUAUCGAUUUUGGCUUCCGCUAGUGAUCAGUCCAGAAAAUUCGUGUUUGAAGAGGGAGGAUUGGGGCCUUUGUUGAGAACCAUCGAGUCAGGUUCGACGGGUUUGAAGGAAAAAGCGGCUAUGGCCGUCGAAGCCAUCACCACCGAUCCUGAUAAUGCCUGGGCAAUCUCUGCUUACGGAGGAGUCCCUAUACUCAUCGAAUUGUGCAGGUCUGGGUCAACGACCGCACAAUCACGAGCCGUUGGGGCUAUCACAAAUGUUUCCAAAGUUGAAGACAUUAGAACCGCUUUGGUGGAAGAAGGGGCUAUUCCUGUUCUGGUCCAGUUGCUUAAUUCCGGCACAGCCUCGACGCAGGAAAAAGCGGCGAAUUGUAUUUCAAUUCUUGCUUCUUCCGGUGAGUUUUUCCGAGCGUUAAUAACACAACAAGAUAAGGGAUUACAAAGACUGCUACAAUUGCUUCAUGAAUCGUCCAGUUCAGAUACGUUAGAACACGUUUUGCGAGCAAUUUAUUCACUUUCAGCUUCUGAAUCAAUCUCUCGGGUUUUAUCAUCAUCAACUACAUUUAUUAUACGGAUAUCGGAGAUUAUAAAGCAAGGAAGCAUAAUCUCACAGCAUAUUUCUGCUUCUUUGCUCUCUAAUUUAUCGAUAAGUGAUGGUAAUAAAAGGGCUGUUUCUGGGUGUAUGGGGUCAUUGGUGAAGCUAAUGGAAUCAGCAAAGCCUGAUGGCAUACAGGAGGUGGCGGCGAAUGCGUUGGUUUCGAUGUUGGCGGUGAGAUCAAGUCGGAAAGAGUUGGUGAGGGAUGAGAAGAGUGUGAUGAGGUUGAUUCAGAUGCUGGAUCCGAAGAAUGAGUUGGUUUCUAAGAAGUUUCCGGUGGCGGUGGUAUCGGCGGUGAUGGCCGGUGGGAGUCAGGGGUGUCGGAAGAGGUUGGUGGCUGCUGGGGCUUAUGGGGUUUUGCAGAGGUUAACGGAAAUGGAGGUCGCCGGAGCAAAGAAGGCUUUGCAGAGACUUUCCGGUAAUAGGCUCAAGAGUAUUUUGAGCAGGACUUGGAGGGCAUAAUGUACAAAGUUACUAACCCCGCCAACAAAGAACAACUUGAUCAGCUACUCGUACUACUGUGAUUCAUAUAAUACUACUACUGGUAGUUCAUCCUCUUUUCUUGGUAUGGAUGGGAUUGCUAGCUCGUGAACUUAAUGGAUGCCUCUUUGGAGUUUGUUUGGAUUUUUCUAACUGUCUGAAGCGGAAACUACUUUCCUGCACAGCAAAGACACACACACGGUAAAGAUUUUACCUUAUACUAUAGAAUCAUUAUUAAAAAAAAAAAUGAUUAUUUCAAAAUCAUAUUACACAGGCAUGGAUGCGGUUUUUAGCGAGUAUCCUCGUUUUCUUUUUCUUUUUAAUAAUCGUAAAAUGGUUGACUCUAUGAACCAUUUACGAUUAUUUUGUCCUCUCUCUGUCUCUCUCAUUUUAUUUAAUUUUGUUUUGAUAAUGUACAUCUGAGGCUGUUUGUUUCAUUUGUAAUGGCCAAGUUCUAAUUAGAAAGUGUGUAUUUGAUUUGGCGUGCCUUCUGAACUUGCAUUUGACCUUCGUAUUGUGGUUAAACUAUGUGAAUACAUGGC